UCCAGUCUCCACAGCAGCUCAAAGCAGCAGAGUACUCUUUCUCUGCUCCUUCUUCAGCUUCUACGCAGGCCUCUGCAGGCGCGAGGAAGAAGCAGCAGCGCAGAAGGCGAUCGCCAUGGCUCAGGGAAGGGGCAGUGCGACGACACGGUGCCUCGCCGUCGGCGGCCUGCUCGCCGUGUGCCUCCUCCUCGGCGCCGCCGACGCGGCCACCCACAGGGUCGACUGGUCGUUCAACGCGGACAGCUGGUGCCGGGGCAAGAGCUUCCGCGCCGGGGACGUCCUCGAGUUCAACUACGACCCCUCCGUGCACAACGUGGUGGCCGUGGACGCCGGCGGCUACUCCGGCUGCGGCUUCUCCGGCAGCGGCAGGGCAUACAGCUCCGGGAGCGACCGCAUCACGAUCGGCUCCGGGACCAGCUACUUCAUCUGCAGCCUCAACGGGCACUGCGGGAUGGGGAUGAAGAUGGCCGUCCACGCCAGCUGAAGGCUGAAGCCCCCCCCCCCCCCCCCCCCCCCCCCCCCCCCGCUGCUUGCAGAGCACCAAUAAUAAGCGAUGCGUGUCACUGGCGGUCCGGUCGUGCAACAACUCAAUCGUUUUGGCAGCGCCGAUACAGGUCUCAUGUGUCAUGUAUGUGUGUAGUGGAGUGGUAGUUGAGGCAUGGUGUGUGUAUGGUUACUGGCAGGGCAGUGAAGCGUUACUCAGCUUUUGUUGUUUGUUUGAACUUUGAUGAAGCAGUAGACUCUUUUCUUUGUUUCAUUCGUCAGGAAUUUGACAUGGAUUUUCGCAACAA